GUGGUAGUAGCACGCGGAACCAGCCGCAGACAGCCGCAGCUUUUCAGGUGUGCGCUGUAUAGUAGCCCAUAGUAUUUAAAUAGGCGCGGGAGUCGAGUGAGCCACGGCAUUUGCGUUUGUUGCUUCGCUGCCGCCUGUUUUUUUUGGGGGAGGGGGGGACCCGUCCGCUUGGUGAAUCAUUCGUCAUCGUCCACGGCGAACAAGACGCACAGUGGCCCCCACGUGUUCCUUUAUUGGUGAUCCAUAUUACGUCAUCGGUCGUCUAACAGCGUUUGAAAACGGGACCCGCCAUGCCGGUCAAUUUGAGUGACGACGCUAAUUGGUCAUCGUCAACGUGAUUCUCCAUCAUUCCCGACAAACACACACACACACAUUCGUUUUCUCUUCUUCUCUCUUCGCCGUCAUCUUUCCUCGCUGUGCCGACAGCCGGUCCAGCUCUCUCCCGUUCGUGUGCCCGCGUGAAUCGUUGACGCAACGCAUCUCUUCUUUUUUUUUGUAAAUAACCAAAAAUCAGCCGGUCGACUUUGUCAUCGUCAUUACAACACAGACGGCCUGGAUAAUGAAGAAUCAUCACGUCACCAGCAGCAUUUUUGUCACGCUACUUGCCAUGGUGUGGGACGGCGCUCGUGCAGGACAGCUCACGCCCUUCGACUGGAUUGAGACGGGAGGCGACAGUGACAGCGACAGUUUCUACGAAGGCCGUUUGCCCGUUCACUCCAACGACGCCUUUUUCACGACGUUCACCAUGGACCCUCAAACGGGCGCUUACACAUUCGGUUACGAUACUGGAGGUGGUGAACAUCAAUCGUACCGCGUAGAAACGCGUUCACCUGACGGAACCGUUACGGGACGUUACGGUUACGUAGAUCCGGAGGGAGUGUUACGCAUCGUCGAUUACGUGGCUGAUCGUCGCGGAUAUCGUCCGAAGAUCACAACGAGAUAUCCGGUAUCACGGACGACGUCUUUCAUCGGGCCCAUCCCGUCGCCCAUCUUGCAAGAAGAAUCGAGGCUCAAGACGCGCAAGAUCCCGUUCGCUACGCCGCUGGUAACCGCUUCUUUGUUCACCAAUCAGAUUGUCAGCAUUGGCGACGUCGAUCUCGCCAGCAUCAGUAGCAGCAUUAGUGGCAGUAGAGCAGACACGUUACCUCCUUUCCCUUUAUUCGACCUUUGAAUUGCUCCGGGUCUUUUCCUCUUUUUUUAUUUUUUUAAAUUUUUAUUUUUUAAAUAGAGAGUCUUUUAAAAAAUGGCUCCCAAAAGAUGAAGCGAAAUAGGGUUUCUUGAAAUCGAGUAAUUAAAAGUACGAAAAGCGCUUGUGCGCACUUGAGUUUAUGCUCAGUUUAGAAAGAAUUGGGGAAAUGUUAUGUGUAAGAAAACCGGUGGAGGGUAGCCGCCCUUUUGCUAGUGAAAUCGAGAGCUGUUAGUACCGAUUUUGUUUUUUUUUAUUCCCUCUCUUUUUGUUGCUGUACGUGUGUGCAUGUCUGCGUGAAUCCCCUUUCUUUCUUGUAGAAAGUUGUUGUUGUUUGUCGUUGUUGUAUCCUGUACCUCCAUUUCCACACAUUGCCCUGCACGCCCUUCCCUUUUUUUUUUUUAUGUCUUUCUCUCAUCAGAAUAAAAAGAAGAGAAGUAGAA